AUGGCUUCUCAGGGCCUCCAGAUCUUGGGUGUGCUGUUGGCCUUCAUCGGCUGGCUGGGCACCAUCAUCACCUGCGCCAUGCCGAUGUGGAGGGUUACGGCCUUCGUUGGAGCAAACAUCGUCACUGCCCAGGUGAUCUGGGAAGGACUGUGGAUGAGCUGUGUGGUGCAGAGCACGGGUCAGAUGCAGUGCAAGGUGUACGACUCCAUGCUGGCUUUACCCCAUGAUCUGCAGGCUGCCAGAGCCAUGGUCAUCAUCUCUGUGAUCGUGGGAGUGUUCGGGGUCCUGAUGGCAGUGGUCGGAGGGAAAUGCACCAACUGCGUGGAGGAUGAGGUGGCCAAAGCCAAAGCCUGCAUCGUGUCCGGGGUAAUCUUCAUAAUAGCCGCCCUGCUCAUCAUCAUCCCGGUGUCUUGGUCGGCUCACGCAGUGAUCAGGGACUUCUAUAACCCCCUGGUGGUGGCGGCACAGAGGAGGGAGCUGGGGGCUGCCCUGUAUAUCGGCUGGGGCUCCUCUGGGCUGCUGCUCCUGGGAGGAGGCCUGCUUUGCAACAACUGCCCGCCGAAGGAGAAUGGACCUUACAUGGCGGCUAAGUUUGCCCCAGUUAGGACCGCAUCCUCAGCCAGAGACUACGUGUGA